CUUGUUCUGCUUCGCGCCCCAUGCUGUCUGUACGGAGCAACGGAACUGCUGCACUCAGGCGAUGUAGUCAGGCCAGCCUCUAUGGUCACAGGCCAUACUCCAGCAAAGUCAGAGCCUUCCCAUUUGUUGUGUCCCGCGAGAGAGCGGCGGAGGACCUCAGCUUUUGGACGUCGAUGUUCACUGGGAACAAAAUGUUCAGCGCAUGGCUGCGACGCAUACUUCCCGGUCUCAACAUCGAGGCACUCAAACCUUCACGACUACAAGCCGUCUACUUGCCGACGUGGAUUAUUGAUGCGGAGGUUACGGCUAAUGCGCUGUUUAAGCAGUCUGCUGGCGAUACUGAUUACAAAAAGGAAAUAGCUCAGGCGCUCUUCACUGUUUGUACUGUGCCAGGCUACGUCUUUCCUCCCCUCUCGACGAGGAAUUUGAUUUCGCCAAAGGUGCAAUCUACUGAACCAGUACCCUGGUCAGAGGCACUGCGGAAGGACGGCGCGGACGACGUCCUUUGUCUGCCGUUCAGCGUGACCCCGCUCAAAUUGAUAGAGGCAGCGCGCUCGAUGUCUCUCGCGGAUGCAACUAUCUCCAAUUCCUUCCGCUUCGAGCCGUCCUCCGUGGAAGAGACGAUGAUAGCGGCGUAUCCUAUACUCCUGCCAGCGUAUCUCGCGCAGUUCAAUAUCGAUACCAUCGUUGAUGGAAACCCAGCGAACGUGAAACUAACAUCAUUUAUGGAAGCCUCCCAUAACGAGCCCCGCAUAAUGGUGGAAGUUGUUGAUCCCGUCGCUGAAUGGAUCAACCUGUUGGGACAAAAGGUCCCAGACAUUAUUGUUCGCGGCGAGACUUCCAGGUCGCUAGCCCGAUUUGGCGUCGUCCGUAGUCUUCUCGCAGGAAGCGCGACACUGAAUCACAAACGGCGUCUCGAACGGUGGAUUGACGGAGCAGGGGCAUCGCUGACGGCCUUGCUGUCGUAUCGGGAGCGCUACUUCGGGAAGACCGAAGAGGAGGCAGCGCGCGGGGUCAAUUGGGAAGAUGUCCGUAUACGGCCGUUCAUUGCGGAAGAGCGCGAAGCGAACUGGAAGUACAUGGCGGCGGGGGAGGAGCUGUACUUCAUGAAGCAGAUUUCCUUAGCCUACGAGCGGCGACGCGAGAACGCGCGGCCCAAGACAGAGGGUGUGCAGGAAGAGAGCAUCGCCCUGUCUAUUCCUGAAGAAGCGGAAGUCAUUCAGAAGCACAUUGAGAACGCCCAAAAGAAGCGGGAAGGGCUGAAACCAGAUUGGUUAGCUCAGUACGAGCUCCAACAGCGGCUCUCGACCGACCCGUCUAGAGAGAACGCCGCUGGUACGGGCCAUGCUACUGCGGCGGACUGGACCAGUGCUGCGGACUCCUCUAGGACAAGUCAUAGAUGA